AUGAUUAUGGACGCCAAGAAUGAAGCACGUGCGAUACCUGCAAAGGAGAUUGAUAAAUUCUUCAAGUCUGUCAAGAAAGGUAUUUAUGCUGUAGUAUUGUUGUAUCAUACCAUUAACAUAAAUACCCUGUGGGAUACAGUAUAUACAAGAAACUGCCAUUUGCUGUUAGUAUUAAAUAGCUAUUGGAGCACGUUCUGUAUGUAGUAUUCUUAAUUUGGUAUAAGCUUAUAUAUAAUAUUUGAAACAUAUUGUAAGUUCCUUUGUUUAAGGUGUUUGAAGCGAAUCGUACAUUAUUAAACAUAGUGAGUUGUGGACGUUCUCUGGCUAAAAUAUGAAUUGAAAUACAAGCUUUCGACUGCCAGUCUGCAGUUAAAAUGAACAAAAUCAUAUAUAGGGUGGUAUAGAAUACAGAUUUUUGAUCAAGAAAGUAUCACAUUUAUAGCUCAUUAAUCAUUUGGUAAACUCAUUUAGCUCAUUAGUCUAUGUACAGUAUAUAUACAUUAUUACUAAUUGGAAACCACUAUAUACAAAUUUUUCAUCGUAAAUUGCCCACCGUAUACUGCAGACUGGCAGUCAAUUGUGGCCUUUCACAGGCAAAACUACACCUUUUGUUAAUCACAGAACACAAAAGAACUUAGUGAGUUGUUGCUGUACAGGUAAGGUAUUUAUGACACGAUAACAUAUGCCACAAACAAGAGUUACGUUACUUCUCAAUCUCUCAACUUUACUCAUUUACAAUUUUAGCUACCAUAUCAAGAUUAAUCUCAAGUAAUUUACUUGCAAUAUAAUGUACAGUAAAUUACAUAUUUUUUUCUUAUGUCUAGGUAAAACUGAGUCGAAAUCUGGCUGUUUGAAAUCCAUUAUGGCGAUGUACCUCCUCAAGAAUAAAGUAAGUAUGUACUGUGCACAAGGUGUUAACUUUCAGGAUUAUUUGUACGUGCCAGAGGUGAGAAACGCACAGGUGAUCCUCAACAAGAGCGUGAAGACCACAACCAUGUGCUGAAGAGAAUAGCUGGCAGUUUGAGAAAGGGACAUAUCCCCCAAUGUGGAUCUUCAAGCAUUUGUCAAGGCUAUGAAUAAUGCAGAAACAGGUUUGACCUACACUCCAUUGACAGGUAAGAGAAAGCAGAGUGUGGGUGACGCCGAGAAAUUGUGGUCACCUGAAGUUGCUAAAUGGUUGAAAGUUAACGGUUUCUUGAAUGAAGGUAGUUUUGUAGAGAUGGUAUCAAAUUGGUACAAGACAAGUGAUGGUCGUGGACUGACGGAAGCUGACCGUAAGAAUGUACAACCUGGCGAUGUUGGAUGAUAUAUUGUAAGACUGGAUGCCAUGGUACAAGGAAGAAAGAGAUUAUUCAACAUUAGAUGGCAACAGGUACACGUGAUGCGCCCUUCUUUGUUCUUUUACUCUGUCUAAUGCCAGACAAUUUUAAUCGUCAAGGGGAGAUCCUUUUGUGCUUUAAUGAGUUAAAAGAGUUUUAUAAUUGAGAAUUGCAAUAAUUUCAGUGCAUAUUGGACAUACUGUAAUGUACUGUACUAAAUUUAAUGUGCACUUCUGUUAAUUUAUAGACCUAUCAGAGGAAUUAGAGGAUUCACUAGAGAAGUUGUGGUCGCGCUAACAACGAAUAUUGAAAGUCAGGUUUGUUUAUAAAUGUCCUUUACUAAUGUGAGGAGAAAUGUGCAAUCAUUUCAUAAUUACAGAAUAUACUAUUGUUACAGGAGUUCAGACGGAGAUAUGGACUCGAAAAGGGGCUUCUUCCUGAACAUCCAAGAGCAGGAUCGACUGAUGAUCUUGAAGGCAUUUUUUCUUUCUUGCAUGGACUGCUUGGACCAAUUUUCGAUGAAAAGGAUUUUCAUGAUGCCUUCCCGAAAGUUAUUAGGCGAGUACACCAAGAAAUGUGA